AUGGUACUGCUCAAAUCGAUCACGUACGAUUCUUUUUAUGCACUCGUUAUAUUCAUAAUAUUUGUAAUGAGCAAUCAUCAAAUUAGUUGUGUAUUACAGAUAUCAACCAGUGAAUCGUCAGUUUAUAAUACGAGCGUGAAAGAACUAUUGAAAAACUCAAAAAGAACGGAGAACUUGGAUGGAGAAAAAGAUUGUGUAAAUUUAUAUGAAGACAGCAACGAGACAACAAAUUCUACGAAAUGCGCAUAUCGGAGGGCACACGAACCAAAUUAUAGCUGUCCAUUAAAUUCAAUAUAUGGUAAUGGAUCACUGGAAUUGGACGAUGAAAACGAAGACGAAAUGGAUGAUAUCACAGACAUUCUUCACGAAACGUCUUCAUCAAACGUGAAUGUGACAAAUGCCUCGGUGAAUUCACAUCCUCAAAAACCUCCGAGGCUCACUACUCAACCUGCAAGCAUCAUUCAAGAUACAAAUGAUAUUGCAAUAGCAGUAUGCGCGACGAGUGAUUUUAUCGCUUCAACACAAAACACUGAUGAAACAUUGCAGCAGUAUAUUCCAUCAGCAGCAGUACAACAAGCCACUCCAUCAGGUGCCGAGCACUUACGGUUCACUUAUGAUAAUCAAGCAUUGAAUAAUCAUGCCAGCGCAGAUAAUCAAUUAUGUGAUGACACUGAUAGACAGAAUAUUGAAACAAGUGAAACCUCUAACAUUGGCGGACUCAACUUCAACGACAGUGAAUCGAAACAAUUUGAUAUGAAAAAGAUGAACGAUGGUGAAAUCGUCGAGAAAAUUGAUGCCAAAGUAAGUACGAACCAAGAAGAAAAUAAGCCGUCAAAAAGACCAACCCGUAUGUACGCAAGUUCAUCAUCAAGCAAUGAUGAAGAAGAUGAUGACGAUAAUGUAACGCGAAUUUCGGUUAAGUCACAAGGAGAUGCAACGGUGAAAUCAACAACGCUCAACGGUGAAAUCGUAUGCGUACAAUUAGCACCAUACUGUAAGUUUAAUGAGAUUGCUGAUGAGAUCGUUACUGAUGAUGAAUUCAGCGAACGAUUCAUUUGA